GCUUAGUCCUACCGAAAUGUUAUUAUUGGCAUUACGCUUCUAUGCAUCUGGGAGCUUUUUAAUUUCUAUUGCUGAUUUUUGCGGAGUCAGCGUAGCCACUGCAAGUCGUGUAGUUAAUAAAGUGUCCAAUGCCAUCGCAAGUAUUUCCAAGGACUUUAUUAAGAUGCCAAAUACAAGCACGGAAAUCGAAAAUGCAAAUACCAGCUUUCACCAAAUAGCAAAAUUCCCAAAGGUUAUUGGAUGUAUCGACUGCACACAUGUGCGGAUCCAGUCACCUGGUGGAGAAAACGCUGAAAUAUUUAGAAACAGGAAAGGGUACUUUUCAUUCAACGUACAAGCUGUGUGUAACGCAAACUUAAUAAUAACAGACCUCGUAUGCCGGUGGCCUGGUUCUGCACAUGACAGCAAUAUAUUCAACAACAGUCGAUUGAAGCAUCGUUUUGAGCAAAAUGAAUUCAAAGAAUGUUUUUUACUGGGCGACAGUGGAUACAGUGUCAACAAAUAUAUGAUGACCCCGCUUUUACAUCCCAGUGCUCGUGCAGAAACUUUGUACAACGAGUCGCAGAUUCGUACUCGAAAUUGCAUUGAGAGAUGUUUUUGUGUUUGGAAGCGCCGUUUUCCGGUGCUCUCGCUUGGAUUAAGGCUUUCCCAAGGCACAAUAAUAAACAUCAUUGUCGCCUGCGGAGUACUUCACAACAUUGCCCGUCAGAACAAGGACACAUACCAAUUUGAAGAGGAAAGUCUCAACGUUCCUGAGACUACCGCCCCUAUCAUUGAUGCGGAGGAAAUAGCCAAUGAAAGGCAAGAAAAUAAUGUUGUGAGAUCAAAUCUUAUCAGAGAUUAUUUUUCAAGGUUUGUCAACAAUUUAGCUUAUAUAGCCAAGAAUGAAAUAUAUUUCUGCUUUCUUCCAGGAUAUAAUGGACAUGCUAUAAUUGUUGCUUUCGAAGCAGAUGAUAAACUAUUCAUUAUUUAACUAGAACUAAAUAUAGCAUAAACAUAUAUUUACAUACAAAAACACAUUAACUUACCUUUCUCACCUUCACUCGCCUAUUUUAUAUAUACAUACAUAUGUAUGUUCAUACUUACUUUCUCCUAAUCCCUAUAAUUGUAUACCUACAAUUUUUGUCGUUGUACUUACACUAUUUACUUACUUAUUUACAUAUCGAUGGCUCAGUGGAAGAUCGGCAUA